AUGGACUCCGCCAAUGACAUUCGAUGCGAGAUCCUAAUCCUAGGUGCCGGUAUAUUUGGCACCAGCACCGCAUACCAUCUCUCGCUCACCCAUCCCUCCCCUUCAAGAGUUACCGUCCUCGAUCGCGCCCCCGUGCCCUCCCCGGAAGCUGCCUCUUCAGAUAUAAACAAGAUUGUUCGCGCGGACUAUAGCAAGGCCUUCUAUAUGGAUUUGGCCUACGAAGCCAUGGAGUCUUGGACUUCUAACCAGAGCCUGAAGCCCUACUUUCAUCACACAGGCUGGGUGAUGCUGGAUGAGGAGGACAGCGAUUUGGCCGAGCGGAUACGCAGGAAUUUUCGUGAGAGCGGCCGUCCAGAUACUUCAGCGGAUAUCACGCUCGAGCAAGUGAAGUCUGGUUGGGCUGGCGUGCUGUCUGGUCUAGAAACCGAGGGAUAUGCCAAAGCCUACACGAAUUCUAGCGCGGGAUGGGCCGACGCCUCGGCCGCCGUGGAAGCUAUGACGAGAGAUACAAUCCAGGCCGGGGUAAAAUACGAGGUAGGAGAUAUCACCGAGCUGCUCAGUGAUGGGCACAGGCUCAGUGGCGUCCGCACCGCCGACGGGCGGACGUUCUCCGGUGAGCAGGUGGUGCUGGCCACAGGUGCUUGGACACCUUGGUUGAUGGCUCCACUCGAGAAGCAAUUGAACAUUCCUCGAGCGGACAGCGUCCAGGAGCAGAUACAGGCCGCCGGAGUGUGCGUGGCUGCAUUUAAGCUGUCCGACGAAGAAGCACAGCACUACUCUCAGAUGCCGGUCCUGAUAUAUGGUGCCAAAGGAGAAGUCAUUCCCCCCAACAAGGAUGGUCUCCUCAAAUUCACCAACGCAAACUCUUUCCUUAACACGAGUCCUCACCCAACCACAGACGAACUGAUCUCUGUCCCGGCGGCCAACCAGAAUGCCGUGCCGGAAGCUCUGAAGCAGCAAUCGAUCGAGAUCAUCCACCAACGCAUCCCGCAGAUUCUGGCCAACGGGCGUCUCCCGGACGACUGGCGUCUUUGCUGGGAUGCCAUCUCGCCGGAUCAGAAUCAACUCAUCACCCGACAUCCAGAUCCACGUUUGUCGAAUCUCUAUCUUGCGACCGCGGGCUCCUUCCACAGCUGGAAAUUUCUGCCCAACAUCGGAAGAUAUGUGGUCAAUGUCCUAAACAGUAAGUCGAAUGGCAAAGACAAGGAUGAAGCCUGGAGGUGGAAGAGCGAAUGGGCUGGAAGAGGCGCACAUGAAAAGGUCCUACCUAAAGGCGAGUUGGCUGAUUUUCGGUAA